UGGAGGACGCUGGGGGGCGCAGGGGCUGCUGGGAAGAUGGCGGGCCUGCGCCUUGCUGCGGUGGCGGCUGGGGUACCUUGUCGGAGCUGGGCUUGGGCGGCCGUCUCUUUCGGCCCCCACCGAGGCUUCAGCGCCCUACUUGCCCGGAAGUCCGAGCGGGCGCCACGGUGGCUCCCAAGUCACUGUUCGAAAGUUUGCAGACAAAAGACAUCACUCUCUUUCCUUAAUCGACCAGACCUUCCAAACCUGGCUUAUAAGAAGCUAAAAGGCAAAAGUCCAGGCGUUAUCUUCAUCCCUGGCUAUCGUUCUGAUAUGAAUGGUACAAAAGCAUUGGCAAUUGAGGAGUUUUGCAAAUCUCUAGGUCACGCCUAUAUAAGGUUUGAUUACUCAGGAGUUGGACAUUCAGAUGGUAUCUUAGAAGAAUGCACAGUGGGGAAAUGGAGAAAAGACGUUCUUUCUAUAAUUGAUGACUUAGCUGAUGGACCACAGAUACUAGUUGGAUCCAGCCUGGGCGGAUGGCUUAUGCUUCAUGCCGCCAUUGCACGGCCAGAAAAGGUCGUUGCUCUCCUUGGUGUGAGUACCGCUGCAGAUGACCUGGUGACACGGUUUAAUCAGCUUUCUGUUGAGGCAAAAAAGGAAGUAGAGAUGAAAGGCGAGUGGGUAAUACCAUCCAAGUACAGUGAAGAAGGGGUUUAUCACAUUCAGUACAGUUUUAUUAAAGAAGCGGAACACCACUGCUUGUUGCACAGCCCUGUCCCUGUGAGCUGCCCUGUCAGACUGCUCCAUGGCAUGAAGGAUGACAUCGUCCCUUGGCACACAUCCAUGCAGGUUGCUGACCGAGUAAUCAGCUCAGACGUGGAUGUCAUCCUCCGAAAAAAUAGUGAUCACCGGAUGAAGGAGAAAGCAGACAUUCAACUUAUUGUUUAUACUAUCGAUGACUUAAUUGAUAAGCUUACAACUUCAGCUUGAAUUAUAUCAUGGGUAGUUGGCUAGAAUCACGUUUUUCGUUGGUAUGUAAACUGAUGUAUUCAGAGGAUUGGAAGAGAGAGAGAGCAAAUGAAAGGCAGUGGUCACUUCAUAAGGCUUUUUUUCCCCUCUGACCUCUGUUUUGUAAAUACCACGUGAGCAUUUAUUUAAUGAUGUGUUUGCACACAGAUGGUACAAAUUGUGAAGAAAGUACCAGCUGCUGUGUGGAAAUUUUCCCCUUCAGUGCUUGAUUCUUUUUUUCAUUAUAAUGUUUCCAGUUUUUUAAAACAAGAUUUUUUUUUCUUAUGCUAAUUGUACCAACUUUCAAUUCUGUCCUCAGAAUUGUUUGAUAAAGCUUGAAUUCUUCAGGGGUUUUUGUUGUUGUUUGUAUGGAAAUUUGUAAAAUUAUUUUAUUACAUCUGGUUUUAAAAUAACAUUUCACAAAAUGUAGCAGAAGCCUAUUUAAAUAAAUUUGAAUGAUGUCUGAAGCACAAUAAAGUUUAGAAAAUAAAAAUAUAAAUUAUAUUCUGCAUGUUAUAUUUGAACUUAAAAUUCAGGUUUUAUUUUUUAAAACACUCAAAACUUUUUACAGUGGUAUAAAGGAGAUGUAUCAUUUCUAAGGAGUCCCUGGGUGUUGCAAUUGGUUAAAGUGCUCAGCUGCUAACCGAAAGGUUGGUAGUUCAGGUCCACCCAGAGGAGCCUUGGAAGAAAGACUUGGCAAUCUACCUUCCAAAUCAGCCACUGGGAACCCUGUGGAGCACAGCUCUGCUCUGACACAUAUGGGGCCCCCGUGAGCUGGAACUGACUCAACAGCAGCUGGUUUCUGGCUUUAUCAUUUUUAAAAUUUGGCUUAUUGGUCACAUGUAUUUAAAUGAUGGCAUUUUAUGUUAAUGAUGGAAAAUUUUUGUAUUUUGAUUGGUAAAACAAAAAAGCAAACUGAUUUUUACUUAUUAUUGCCUAUCUGCAGAAAAACUACUUUUUUACUAAUACGUGCUUUCAUAUGGCUGCCUAAAUGGUAGGCAUUCUGAAAUAUGGAGAGUCAGUAAGCAAAUAUGAAAUGGAAAUGUAAAGUUUUUUUUUUUUUUUUUUAAAUAAAGUGUGUGCAGUUGUCA